UUUCCGGGCCUUCCCCGCAGCCCCGGCCCCGUUCUGAGUACGGAAUACUGCGGGUAAGUUACCGCUGCGAAUUGGGCGCUGUUGAUUGGCGGUCGGCAGGACACGGCUUUGGGCGAUGCGGAGAAGACCCACAACUCGCCGCUCCUUCCCCACGAUUGCUCCUCACAGCGGCAGCCGCCUCUUGCCGACAGCGACUUCGCAGGGUCGGAUAAAAGGGAGCCGCCCGCCUGCCAACCCGCUGCGGGUGUCAAUGGGACAGCAGGCCAGAGCAGGGGGGCGAAUUCCAGCCAAUUCAAUUCGGCACUUGUUGUAGAGACCGGGGUUAAUGAACUGCAAAACACAAUGCGCAGGUUUGCGAACAGGGCCGUUUCAGCGUCUGCCACGGCCGGACGCAUCACAACCUCGUUUGGCUCUCCCGGAUCUGCGCGUGCGGCCUUAGCAGCAAGAAUGGCACCGUCUAAGUCGGCGGUCUCGGAGACGGCGGUGAGAAGGCUACAUGCCACGGCCCAGCAUCUGCGUCCGGCCGCGGCCGCUGUUGGGUUAGCCAGCACGGCGACCAACUACCCGACCACACACGACAAGAUCCAGGAUGUGCGCGACACUCCUUUCUUCAUCGACAACAAGUUCGUCCAGUCCAGCACCACACAGUUCAUAGAUGUGCACGACCCCGCCACCAACAACCUGGUGACGCGCGUGCCGCAAAACACCGACGAGGAGCUCCGGGCCGCCGUCGCCUCGGCGCAGAAGGCUUUCGAGACAUGGCGCACCACCAGCGUGCUGCACCGCCAGCAGAUCAUGUUCAAGUUCGUCGCGCUCAUCCGCGAGAACUGGGACCGCCUGGCGGCCAGCAUCACGCUCGAGCAGGGCAAGACGUUUGCCGAUGCCAAGGGGGACGUUCUUCGUGGCCUGCAGGUGGCCGAGGCUGCUUGCGCUGCGCCCGAGCUGCUCAAGGGCGAGGUGCUGGAGGUUGCGAAGGACAUGGAGACGAGGACGUACCGCGAGCCGCUCGGCGUCGUGGCCGCCAUCUGCCCCUUUAACUUCCCCGCCAUGAUCCCCCUCUGGUGCAUCCCGAUUGCAACCGUGACCGGCAACACGCUCAUCCUGAAGCCGUCGGAGCGCGAUCCCGGCGCGGCCAUGAUCCUGGCCGAGCUGUGCCAGAAGGCCGGCUUCCCCGACGGCGUCGUCAACGUCGUGCACGGCGCCCACCGCACCGUCAACUUCAUCCUCGACGAGCCCGCCAUUAAGGCCAUCAGCUUCGUCGGCGGCAACAAGGCCGGCGAGUACAUCUUCGCGCGCGGCUCCGCCAACGGCAAGCGCGUGCAGGCCAACCUCGGCGCCAAGAACCACGCGGCCGUCCUGCCCGACUGCAACAAGAACCACUUCCUCAACGCGGUCGUCGGCGCCGCCUUCGGCGCGGCCGGCCAGCGGUGCAUGGCCUUGUCCACGCUCGUCUUGGUCGGCGAGACCAAGGAGUGGCUCCCCGAGCUCGCCGAGCGCGCCAAGGCGUUGUCCGUCAACGGCGGCUUCGAGCCGGGCACCGACCUCGGCCCCGUCAUCACGCCGCAGAGCAAAGCCCGCAUCGAGGCCCUCAUCGCCUCGGCCGAGGCUGAGGGCGCCACCAUCCUCCUCGACGGCCGCGGCUACGCCCCGCCCAAGUACCCCAACGGCAACUGGGUGGCGCCGACCAUCAUCACCAACGUCACCCCGCAGAUGCGGUGCUACAAGGAGGAGAUCUUCGGCCCCGUGCUGGUCUGCCUCAACGUGGACACGCUGGACGAGGCGAUCGCGCUGAUCAACGCCAACGAGUACGGCAACGGCGUCGCCAUCUUCACCCGGUCGGGCGCCACCGCCGAGGCCUUCCGCCGCCGCAUCGAGGCCGGCCAGGUCGGCAUCAACGUGCCCAUCCCCGUGCCGCUGCCCAUGUUCAGCUUCACCGGCAACAAGCGCAGCGUCGCCGGCGGCGGCGCCAGCACCUUCUACGGCCGGCCCGGCGUCAACUUCUACACCCAGCUCAAGACGGUCACGACCCUGUGGAGCGCCGAGGACGCCAUCUCCAAGAAGGCCGACGUCGCCAUGCCCACGCACAGUUAAACUGAACGGGCGAUGGAUCAGCUGGGGGAAGGGAUCAAAACGUGCUUGGGAGACAUACACAGCUACCCAUUAUAGUUAUAGCCCGGCUUUGAGACACACCGGUGUUUUGCCGGGUUGGAGUUGUGAUGUGAAGAAGUUGAUGAUGACGACGCCGGAAGCGAGCAAGCGCAUGUAUUUCGCAGGGUCUUGGUUAGUUGGCAGGCACUAGCCUGGAAGGAGCCGGAUCUAGGAUGCUGGGAGUUUAUUCACUUAGUCAAUCUUCUUAACUCGUUCCACAGUUGGGUGUCUACCCAUGAUUUAUUUCCCCGAGUU